GUUUUUGAUAAUUUGGAUAAAAUGGGUGUUCCAAAGUUUUACAGAUGGAUCAGUGAGAGAUAUCCAACCCUUAGUGAGGUUGUCAGAGACCAUCAGAUUCCUGAUUUUGACAACCUUUACUUGGAUAUGAAUGGCAUCAUCCACACAUGCUCCCAUCCAAAUGAUGCAGAUCCUCACUUCAGGAUCACUGAGGAACAGAUAUUCAAAGAUGUAUUUCAUUAUAUUGAGGCUCUGUUCUGCAUGAUCAGACCCAAGAAAGUGUUCUUCAUGGCUGUUGAUGGUGUGGCUCCUAGGGCCAAGAUGAACCAGCAAAGAGGAAGGAGGUUUCGCUCAGCCAGAGAAGCAGAAGAGAGUGAGACCCGAGCCAGAGCCAAGGGAGAAAUUCUGCCUUCAGAGGAGCGCUUCGAUUCUAACUGCAUCACUCCUGGCACGGAGUUCAUGGAUCGCCUUGACAAACAACUCCAGUAUUUUGUCACCUCAAAGAUCUCAACUGAUUCCUCGUGGCAGUCGUGUACAGUCAUCUAUUCUGGACAUCAGACUCCAGGCGAAGGGGAGCACAAAAUCAUGGAGUACAUCAGGUAUCACCGCAGCCAGCCAGGCUACAAUCCUGACACGCGUCACUGCCUCUACGGCCUCGAUGCUGACCUCAUCAUGCUCGGCCUCACCUCUCAUGAUCCUCACUUUGCUCUGCUCAGGGAAGAGGUGAAAUUUGGUGGUCGCAAGGAAGCAACAAAACGCACAACAACGGCAGAAGAAACCACCUUCCACUUGCUGCAUUUAAGUCUCCUGCGGCAGUACAUUGACUAUGAAUUCAAAGACAUAACUGACAAUCUCUCAUUCAAGUACGACCUGGAAAAAAUUAUUGAUGACUGGGUUUUCAUGGGAUUCCUUGUGGGUAACGAUUUUAUCCCACAUUUGCCUACGUUACAUAUCAACAAGGAUGCAUUCUCUGUACUCUUCAACACUUACAAGAGCGUCAUGCCAGAGCUGGACGGAUACCUCAAUGAAGGAGGCACUCUUAACCUGGCAAGAUUUGAGAAGUUCAUGGCAAAGCUGGCGGAGUACGAUCGCGAGAAUUUCAGCGAUCUAAACGCUGAUUUGCAAUACUUCAAUAGUAAAAGAAGUGGCGGUGCAUGCAAAGACAUUCGCGUCAAAGAUGAGCUCCAGAAUUUUUAUGAUGAAGGAGAGCUCGAUGGAGAGGAUGACAUGGAUGGCUUGUUAGGAGGACUCUCCGGCGCGUCUCUUCAUGAUGACAAGAAAAAUGAGACGACAGAAGAGACUCUUCUGAGGCUGGGGAUUCGUGAUCCUCAAUUGAUGACCGAAGAUGACGACGAAGAGGAUGAAGAAGUUGACGACCUUGCAGAAGAAUUUCGUCAGCAUAAGCGAAACUAUUACAUGGAGAAAAUGGGUUACAAGGACCACGAAAAAUUCGCUGACAUAUGCCGCGAGCAGGCCAUUAACUACGUAAGAGGACUGCAAUGGAUUUUGCAUUACUACUACAACGGUAUUCAGUCGUGGUCUUGGUAUUACCCAUUCCAUUACGCGCCUUACAUUUCCGACAUCAAGAAUUUCGCGCAGUGCCCAAUGGACUUCGAACUAAGCAAAGCCUUCAUGCCGUUUGAACAGCUGCUGGGCGUCCUGCCACCUCUCAGUGUCAAGCUGCUGCCUAAGUGCUACGCUAAUCUCAUGCUAAGCCCAGACUCACCUGUCAUCGACUUCUACCCUCGUACCUUCGAGACGGACCUUAAUGGCAAACAGCAGGACUGGGAAGCUGUGGUACUGAUCCCAUUUAUUGACGAGAAGCGUCUGCUGGAGGCCAUGUCUAAGGAAAGCCAUCGUCUCACCGAAGACGAGCGACGACGCACUGCCCACGGACCGAUGUAUGUCUACAGCUUCACGCCCGACAACCUUGGCACUUAUGAGAGUCCUGAGUAUUUCCCGAACAUUUGCAUUAACCACGCCAAGUGUGACUUGGUUUUCCGAGAGGAGUGGGACAUCGCAAAGGAGGACAUCCGCAAAGGGCUUUGCCCUGGUGCCCAGACUGAACUUUACUUCAGAGGCUUCCCCACACUCAAGCACGUCAAGCACACGUACCGUCUGGAGUCAGCUGCUGUUAAGGUAUUCCAACAAGCCAGUCGCAACAGCAGCAUCAUUCUUGAAUUGCCAGACACCUUCUCCUGCCCGGACCCUAACCGUGAUUGGUUCCAGAAGAUGACCCAGGAGCUCAUGAACAAAAUCGUCUUUGUUGGCUGGCCGCAUCUCAAAGAAGCACUGGUGGUCGGCUUGUGCAGCAGCCUGUUCAGAGUUAGCGUUCAGCCCAAUUCAUCUGCUGUGGGGGAAAUUGAAAAUGUUAGUGAAAAUGAGCAGCGUAGAACACAGAUUAGUUUUGGGGCAAGUUCUAAAGGCCUGAGCUCCCACCUACUCAACAGAUGGGGUAUUGACGCCAGCGACUCAACCCUCAUUGUUCUCUGCAAACCUAUGACUGGCAAACGUUACGUGCUAAACCAAUCGGGUGGAUUGUCACUAAGCUACGAAUGGUCGCCGAUUCCGCAGCCGUAUCUCGCACAGACGCUGGUGCGGGACAUUGCGGUCUUCGACCCAGGCCAUCCCAAAACGUGCAGUCUUGAGCAACACUUCCCCGUCGGCACUAAAGUCUUCAUGCUUGGACAACCGCAUUACGGUUCUUGUGGCACUGUGCUGGAGAACUUGCCUAGCAGCAAAGCUGAUCCUAAAAGUCAAGGCAGAGUUCGGGUUCAAAUCGAGUCGCGACGCGAGCCUGACUUAUCCCUCCUGAAGAAGACUUCGAUCCACGAACGCAGAUAUAUGGACGCGUACGAGCUGGGCCAGCGGCUUGGUGUGUCGCAGCAACUCGUCGUUCGUAUCACUGGUUCGGUGCUAAUGACCCCUAAUAAGGAUCCAAAUAAGCCAGCCCCUGCUUCUGACGACUUUAGGUCUAAGAUCAACAUUGGACUCAACCUACGGAUCAACAAAAAGAUGGAAGAGGUGCGAGGCUAUAGUCACCGUGACAGCGAAGACGUGUGGUGGUACACGGAAGAGACUCUGGAGCUGCUGGAUGUUUAUCGCAGGAAGUUCCCUCGCGUCAUCGAGGUCGUCAGCAAGACUCGCAAUGACGUCACUCAGCAGGAAAUUUUCCCGGGUCCCAACGGGGACGCAGAAUUGAAAUCACUUUUGGAUUUCCUGAAAACGACCGAGGGCGCACGCAGCGUGAAGCAAAAGUGGGGCACAGAGUUGCUGUCGGACGAGACAGUGGCUAAGCUCAAGUACGAGAUCGACAACUCGACUAAAAUGCAGCUCUCACAACCUGUCAAGAUGCAGGUCAAAGCCCAUCUUCUUUUCAAGCCAAAUCCGCUGCAAGGUAGCACUCCAGUAGACGGCCCAGUGAAGACGGAAUUGUGGGACCGCGUCAUCAACGUCAGGGAUGGCUACAUGGUCCCUCUGGCGGCCCGUGGCACGGUCAUAGGUAUUCAACCAGCUCCCGAGCGCGCCGAUGUUCUUUAUGACAUUCUUUUUGACGAACCUUUUCCUGGAGGCCUCACUUUAGCGGGCCCAGCGUCUGCUAAAUGCUGCUACAGACUUUGCUGGUCAGCCUUCAUCAACCUCUCAUCCAAGGGCAGACCUGCCACCAAUCAAUCUAACAGGCAAAAACAAUCUGUGCCCGAGUCUCGCGGCAGAACUGGAGUGCCAGAUCAGUUUCAGCAGUGCUGGGCAUCUGCCGGACGAUCCUCUCAGCACAACGACUAUUCGAUCAACCAUGGGGCGAACUACUCCAGUGAACGAAGACAAACGGAAAACAGCCGUGGCUAUUCUGACGCCUGGAAGCCGUCCAGUGGCAAUUACAGCCAUGAUAGCAAAUAUAGUAAAUCGGAUGUGAACAAUUUCACGGGAAACGGCAGACAAGACCGCAGCUUACCGGACAACCAAAGACCAAGCCACCACAACACCCGGAAUACCAAUAGGGAUUACCAUACAUUAGCAGCAUCCAUCAAAUCAAAUGAAAAGACAGCUUUUUCAGUGAAAGAUAAAGAAAUUCUGUUAAAAAGAAAGCAAGAAACUUGGAGGCAAUCUAAUGAAGAAAAAGGAAAUGAAAAUUCUUCAACAGUAUCACAUGGCUCGUCAUCGUCACCUGGUGCUCAAAAUAAUCAUGUUGCUCAACCCGAGCAACAGCAACAGCAGCCACCUGAUGCAGCGGAGCUACCAAGUCCAUCUUUCUUCACUAAAGGCAAACAGGAUGACGCAAGAAAAUCUUCCCCUGGCGAUAGGCUCAUGCAGGCUCUACUACCACAGCCAGAGGUAAAAAAGACGUCGGGCGACUAUCGAAGCCCUGCUGUUCGUGGGUCACCGAAAUUGCAGAACACGACUAGCAAUUUCAUUCCUAGUCAGCAAUAUGUUAACAAGACUGCCUUCAACACCCCAAAUAAUCAUCAGGUUAAUCAGCAACAGCAUCAUCAUCGACCAAUACAUCCUCAGACUAAGAUAGCGCAACGACCCGCUUAUCCAUCACAAAGUGGAUCUUAUAGACCCCAGAACGCUGGGCAGUUCUGGCCGGGAGGUUAUCAAGGUGGUGGAGGCGUUCCAGCUUCCCGAGGUGGAGUAAUGGAAGUGAGACACGCUAGCGAAGUGGAAUGCAUAGUUUACGGUACUUACUUUAACCGGUGGAGCGUCAUAAGACAGUAUGGUCUCAACAGAGGCAGCUCUCAGCAUUUCCCGUGUCUGGCAUACGAUCCUCUAGUGAGUCCUAAAGCCAGGCCAUCAGACAGAGGAUUUGAAAUCAUCAUCUACUUUGACGUAGCGGAGUGCUUAGCUGAGGGUGUAAAAUUCUUGGUACUGCCGGCUGGCCAAGUCCUUUGCUCAGGCAACGCCAAUGGGAAAGUUCCACCACAUCUCUUUGAUCGCGUCCUCGAUGUUGCUAGGAAUAAGAUCAUCUUCCCCCAGGAUUCAACUCUCCCAAGCGACAGGUCUAACCAUUCUUGGGUGGACAGUAAAUCAGCAAGCGGUUCUCCGUUCAUGCCUACGCAGGUCAUGAAGAAAGGAGCUUUUAAAGCGCCCAAGGAGAAGUCUCCUUCACUCUCGAGUAACCCAGCAACUGGUUGUGAGGAACCGGAGCGCAAAACUUCGUCUAAUAUUAGGAGUACCGAACAACCGUCCCAUCACCAGCGGAGCAAUGAUGAACGCGCAGAAGGAAGACCAUGUGAACCAACGCCAGGAAACUUGCCGUCCAGUUCAGCGUCUGCUACCUACAAAAAGCCCACGCGACGACUGGCUUGCAGCUUCAACAAGUAGCGUGUGGCCACGGGGAAAUCGUUGCUCGGAUAGCCAUGUUAUUUAUUUUAUUUUUCACUUACUUAACGAUCAAAAAGAUAUAUGUAUAAUUUUUGAACACUGCGAUAAGAUAGAGAAUCUCGCACUGCCAUCCUAAAUAAUUCAAUUUUAUUUUUCAGCUUCUAUUUUUAAUGAAGGAAAAUUGAACAAUUAGGUAAGGUUACAAGAGAAGAAAUUGCGCUUGAAAAUAUAAUUGAUUUCAUUCGACCAAUAGCAAGAAUUAAUCAGAAAUUCAUUCACAUUCUAUCUGUAUUACAAAAUAGGUGGCAAGCACGUUUUGUGAGAAUGAUAAAUCGGUAUUAUGCACCCAUUUUGGCAAUGUAUGAUGUCAAAUGGAAAUUUUAAUUUUGGUAAAGUUAUUACAAUUACACUCUACAAUUACAGAUUGUAUAAAUAUUAGUUCUGUUAGUUAAUAUUUGUUAAGAACCAGCUGAAAUGGAAGGCGGUGAAGAUAAAAACCUUAUGUUAUUUAAAGCCUGAUAAUGAAACUUGUACAUACCUGAAAAAUAAGAGAUGCUUACAUAUAA